AUGGUUUACACUCUCAUCGCAAUCACAGUCGCGGCCAUUGUUUGCGGCGAAAGUGUUGACCCAACUAUCGGUGCGAUUGGCACUCAUAUGACGACCGACUCGACGGGUGUCGACAACACAGACCUCGGCUACAAUUGUGACCAACAGUUUCUCAACAACUUUGCCGACAAUAUUAGACUAAACCUAACCUAUUGUCUGAGUGGAGACCUGUGGGCACCGGGAGCUCCGGCACCGGAUUUCACGGAUGCCAUCAAUUGCUGCUAUCAUUACGACUUGAAUCGAGUCGUUAAACCGAUGUACGACAAAGAGUGCCGUAAAGUGUCCGACAAAUACGAUAGCGAUGUCCGCAAAAUGAUGACUAAUUGCACCGCAAAUGGCCAUCAAUUGAGCGAUAGUUUCUGCGCCGGACUGACCGGUAAGCGCCCGAUGAGCCCCGAGUGCCAAAUGUUUAUCACAGGGUUGGCCAACCGUGUCGUCCCAUAA